UUUUCUUUUUUCUUUUUUCUUUUUUCAUGUGAUUUUGCCGGAUCUGCAAAAUCUCAGUUUCAAGUGUCGUGUAUUAUAUAGAGAUAGUUCAGCUAUCAUACUAGUGUUAGGGCUUUAGAUUGCAAUGGCGUUUUCGGUUGUGAAUGGUAAUUUGAAAGAAAAUGGGCACGGAUGCGCCGCAAACAGCUCUGCUGAAGUGGAUUUGAGUAAUGGCAAGGUCAGACCUUUUAAGAUCUUCGUAGGAUACGAUUCUCGUGAAGAUCUCGCCUAUGAGGUCUGCCGCUACUCUAUCCUGAAGCGGGCGACGAUUCCUGUCGAAGUGCAUCCGAUCAUACAGUCGGAUCUGAGGAGCAAGGGCCUUUACUGGCGCGAGCGUGGCUUCACUGAAAGCACUGAAUUCUCUUUCACCCGUUUCCUGACUCCAUUCCUCGCUGAUUACGAGGGCUGGGCGAUGUUUGUCGACUGUGAUUUCCUCUACACUGCAGACAUUAAGCAAUUGACGGAGCUGAUUGAUGAUAAGUACGCGAUCAUGUGCGUUCAGCACGACUACACGCCGAAAGAAAGCACAAAGAUGGAUGGUGUCGUGCAGACGGUUUAUCCGAGAAAGAACUGGUCUUCCAUGGUGUUGUAUAACUGCGAGCAUCCGAAGAAUCGGGUGUUGACGCCGGAGCUAGUGAACUCCCAGACGGGUGCCUUUCUCCACAGGUUCAUGUGGCUUGAAGACCAUGAAAUUGGGUCGAUCCCGUUUGUGUGGAAUUUCCUUGUGGGCCAUAACCAUAUUGAAGAGAAUGACCCAACAACGGUGCCUAAAGCCAUACAUUAUACGUCUGGAGGACCAUGGUUCGAGGCAUGGAAGGACUGUGAUUUUGCAGUUCCGUGGAUAAAGGAAAUGGAGGAGUGCAAGAAAGCGACAAAGCUGGUUUGACGACGAGGGUCGUAAAACAGGGAGCGACGCCUGCCCCCCUGCCUACGUAGUUUUCAUAAUGCAGGAAUUGGUGCUAUUUUCAUUCUCAAUCCAUUCUUUCUUUCCCUCAUUUGGGUGUCUUUAUCUUAUGAUUUUAGAUAGUAACUAUGAUUUCGAGUGGUUGUUUUGAUCAUCAUCAAGCUGUUUCUUUCUUUCUUUCCCCCUUCUUUUGCAUUAUUUCUUGUAAAGCUUGCUUCCAUCCAGAUCUCAUUAGCUUGGAAGCUGCUUCUGUUCUGAGUUUAGCUCUGUUUGUAAGUGGUGUAUUUUGGGUUUUGUGCCAAUUUCUCGAAAUCUAUCAAUGCUGUUCGUCCUCUUUGUGUUUUA